CAGACCACCAUUUGUGUUUUCAGCAGUCAGUCACUAAACCAGCAACGAGAAUACAGCAGCCAGCAGCCUGUACAGAUCUCAUUCCUUCUGAAUUAAGCCAAAGUGACCAUAAUGCACACCAUCAAGACAGUGGAGACCCAGGUUCCCUUCCUCAAGGAGAGUUUCUUUACUUCCACCUUCAAAGGCAGGAGGAAGAGUAGCGUGACCCACAUCCUCCAUAAACAGCAAUCGAUCUUGGAUCAACAACAGUGCAUUUUAGAGCACCAGCCGCUAACUCCGAAGCAGAUUCUCCCCAGCUCGGUUGAAAAUGGAGCAGGGCAGCAGACCCCCAAGCAGCGGCUUGCUCGCUCGAUCAGCAACCCGUUAUGCAAGACGCUCGAGCCUGGACAGGCAGAUGGGGACAGAAAGGAGGGGCUAAAGGAGAGAAGGGAUCAGAGAACGAGUGAGGCUUUGCAGGGGAGGCGGAGGGGGGAGCCUGUGGCUGACAGUGCCAGUCUCCUCCUCCUCUCAUCGUCGUCAUCAUCAGGGGCAGCAGCGCUGGGGGAGCCAGCAUCAUCCUCACAUCUGCUGUCAGCUGUGGUGGGAAGACAGCAAGGAUUAACUGGCUCUGGAAGAACUUGGACCAAACAAGGAGCAGCAUCAGUGGUAGCCCAUGGGGAAGCCCAGAAUCCCCCACCUCAGGCCCAGCAGCAUGGCCUGUUAGCCAAGGGUGUUCGCCUGAUAAGGAAUAUGGGGAACCAGGAGACAAAGCAGAAGAAAGGAGGGGGAAGUGGUGGAACUGCAGGAGAUGUCAACUGUGACGGUGAAGCUGAUGAAAGGGAGGUGGACAAACAAUCUAAAAAAUCCAACAAUAAGGCAAGUAAAGGAGGAGAACACAGUGCUAAGAAGAAAAUAAAGCCCGAGUCAAAAGGUUCUGUGUUUUCUGGCAUGAAGAUUAGGAAAAGUCUAUCCAAAGUGAAAGGUCUGUCUAAGGAUGACACGUUGGAAACUGGGAAACCAGUGCAUGUUGGCAAGGACGAGCUUAAGACUGGCACAGAAGCAAGUUCCUCGCCCGAUGAGGUGGGCAUGGUGUCGGAUGUCGAGGGAGAUCUGAGCCGCUUGACUGCAGACAGUCGGCAGUCUGUGGAGGACUUUGGCCGCAAGACAAGCUCGGGGUCGGACACUGACCUGUACAGCUUUCACUCGGCUGCAGCUGAAACUGAGGAUCUCCUUUCUGAUAUCCAGCAGGCAAUUCAAGAAAAAUGUAUAGCCAGCACCAGGGUUGUAGAAGCAUUACCCAGGCCUGCAUCUGAAGGGCUGACCAGUAGGGUGAGCGAAGUCUUGGACACAAACGUAUCUCCACAGCUAUUUACAUUGGAAAAAGAAAAAUUGCCUCAGUGUGAAAGUGUAGCUCAAGCACUUAAAAAAAUAGAGAAUACAAGUACAGACAUACCUAUGUCCAGAAACUCAUCAAGUGAAAGCGCAGCACCGUCCUCUGCUCUGGACACAGAAAUAAGCGGCAGCAGUGUUCUUCCAAAAACUAACAGCGACUACAGCUUCCAGGACACAACAGCAACUACUUCAUACGAGAGUGCUGAAGAGCCCCAGGAUGACCUAGAGAGCCCUGAUGUACCACCACAGCACAGUCUAGUUCACGGUAGACAGGGUAGAAACACAUGUGUGCCGUGUGUCCGUCUGGAUCCAGUGUCACCCGGAACAAGCCCAGCUGGAACCCACAAGAGUGCGAGCAGUCUGGAUCUCUCGCUUGCGAGGGAUGACGAGGAAAGUGUUAGACCGGACUUUCUGCCACUCACACGGAGGAAGAGCAGCAUGUCUGUAAGUCACCUGACGGUUGACUGCGUCCCUGGAUCUCUGACUAGACGAACAUCUGCCACCUCCCCUUCUACUGUCAAGCUCUACCCUCCAGUCCACCCGUCAUAUGUCAAGACCACCACCAGGCAGCUCACCUCUCCCGUAGGAUCCCCGCUUACUAGCCCCAAUGUGCCCAGGAAAAGGGAGGCCACCACUCCUUCUUUGGAAUCCAACAAGCCUGAGGGCUUUGAAAAGCGCAAGCACAGGUCAAGCUCCAUUACCGGACCUCAUAGAGUCUCCGGAGACUGGUCGGCAGAGUUGGACUUGGGAGAGAGUCGGAGUGGGUUAGCAAAGUCUCCAGAGCAGGAGAACCCCGAGAAAAGUCACACAGUGGGGACUUAUUGGACUCUUGGGUCAAAGAGGGCACAUUAUGGCAAGAGAUCCUCCACAACGCCCUACCUUGAUGUCUUCUCUGGUCAGACUCUGUUGGAAAAGCUUUGCACACACAAUGGGGGGGACGCAGAUGACGAGGCAAAAGAACUGUGUCACCGAAUGCUUGCCCAUGGUCUGCUGCACCCCUUCAGUGACAGCAACACGGAGCACCGCAGUGAUGGGACCGUCUCCACAAUCUUCAGUGAGGAGCAGUUGUACACCUGGGCAUCUGUGGGCCUCCCAGUGUCUUCCCACUUGUGGGAGCUGUAUGGGAGAGGCUUGAGAUCCCCUUUGCACCGCUCAUCGUCCAAGCCGUCCGGUGCACUGCACUUUCAGACAGAAUCCAGCAGGUUGAAGUCAGGCCAGUCAUCUUCAGAGGAUGAAAACUGCCUCAUCCCUCAGCUGGAGAAGAAAAUUGAGGAGCUGCAGAGUAAGAUCGCUGUCCUGCAUCGGCCCUCCUUGGCGAAGAGCGGCGAGGACAGUGUGGAAGUUCUGGGGAACGCACAGCCCAAGGCUUCGCAGAAAAGGGCAGAAAGACUGGAGGCAUCUGUUCAAACUUCACCCGUAGAUGAGGGGUUUAAAUUUGACGCAUCUGUAAAUGGAGGAAUUGGCCCCAAGUCCUUUUCAGUCAAAUCUUCCAGCCUCAAGUCUACAGAAAGCUUUGUGUGCACCUGCAAAGAGAGGCAGCAAAACGGCGUCACCCAAAGUCCUUCACCUUCCCCUCUUUCUGUUGCCCCUCCAACCUCAAGAGGCAUGCCCCCUCCUCCUCUUCCUCCUCCUCCUCCUCCUCCUCCUCCACCUCCUCCUCCACUUGCUCCAAUACCUGGUUUUGGACCUUGUCCGCCACCCCCUCCUCCACCUCCGCCACCAGGCUUUGGCCCUCCACCGCCACCUCCUCUGCCUGGAAUAGGACCACCACCUCCUCCACCAGGAAUGGGACCCCCUCCUCCACCACCACCUCCUCCACCAGGAAUGGGACACCCUCCCCCACCACCACCUCCUCCACCGGGAAUGGGACCCCUUCCUCCACCACCACCUCCUCCACCGGGAAUGGGAGCCCCUCCUCCAGGCUACAUCCCUCCACCUCCAGGUCCCAUUUCUUCCCUGGUGGUUCAGGAAGCGACCCCUGCCAAAGCCGUGAUGGAGCCCCCCAAGCCAAUGAAGCCGCUCUACUGGACCCGCAUCCAGCUGCACGCUAAAAAAAUCUCCGGACCGCUGGUGUGGGAAAAAAUCGAGGAGCCAACAAUUGAUUUCGGAGAAUUUGUGGAUCUGUUCUCCAAAAGUGCUGUUAAGGAGAAGAAGAAACCAAUUUCAGACACAAUCAGCAAAUCAAAGGCCAAACAGGUGGUGAAAUUGUUAAGCAACAAGCGUUCACAAGCUGUUGGGAUUCUGAUGUCCAGUAUUCACCUGGAUAUGAAGGACAUCCAGAAUGCUGUCCUAAAUAUGGACAACACCGUUGUUGAUCUGGAGACUCUGCAAGCACUUUAUGAAAACAGGGCUCAGAAUGAUGAGAUCGAGUCUAUUAAGAAACACAUGAAAUCCAGCCAAGACAAGGAUGAUGCAAAGCCACUGGACAAGCCAGAACAAUUUCUGUUCCAGUUAUCACAAAUUCCCCAUUUCUCCCAGCGGGUGUUCUGCAUCCUGUUCCAAUCAACCUUUCACGAGUGCAUCGCGUCAAUUCUGCGUAAAAUCGAAAUCCUGCAACGAGUAUGUAAGACUCUCCAAAGCAGUGAGGCUGUGCUGCAGGUGCUUGGCCUUGUGCUAGCAUUUGGCAACUUCAUGAACGGAGGGAAUCGGUCUCGGGGACAGGCUGAUGGCUUCACCUUGGACAUCCUGCCAAAACUGAAGGAUGUCAAAAGCUGCGAUAACUCUACAAGUCUUUUGUCUUACAUUGUUGCUUACUAUUUGAAGCACUUUGAUGAGGAUGCUGGCAGAGAGACGUGCCUCUACCCUCUGCCUGAGCCCCAGGACCUUUUUCAAGCCUCCCAAAUGAAGUUUGAGGAUUUUGAAAGAGAUCUGCGCAAGCUGAAGAAAGAUUUAAAUGCAUGCUUGGGUGAAACUGAAAAAGUUUGCAAGGUUUCCUCCGAAGAGAACCUGCAACCCUUCAAGGAAAAAAUGGAGGACUUUCUAACACAAGCCAAGACUGAACUGGAAACACAGGAAAAGCAGCUAACAGACACUCAGAAGAUUUUUUUGGAAUUGAGUGUGUCGUUCUCAGUAAAGCCCAAGGCGGGAGAGAAAGAAGUAUCGCCCAACACAUUCUUCUCCAUUUGGCAUGAGUUUUCUUCAGAUUUUAAGGAACAUUGGAAGAAGCAGAAUAAGCUGUUAUUACAGGAACGGGUGAAAAAGGCCGAGGAGAGCUUCAAACAAGCCAGACAGAAGGCCACCUAUAACGUGACGACCAAAAACGCAACUGGAAUAAAAGCAAAGCUGGGUAAGAAGAUAUGAGGCAGAAAAUGGAUGACUGCCGCUGAGCACAAUCUACCACGGAGGAUGUUAAAAAUGAUUUGUUUUAAUUACUUGGUCGGUUCUUGAAUUUAAGUGGACUUAAUACGAAAGGUUGACCAAACAAAAAAC